AAUGGUAGUCGUUGGCAGUGUUUAGUAAACACGGAAAAGUGGUUAUGGCGGAUAGAAAUGAGAAGUUGCUUCUAGAGCUACUGAAACGACCAGGAAAUGGUGAAUGCGUUGACUGUGGGAGUAAAGGUCCAGAAUGGGCAUCUUACAACAUCGGAAUAUUUGUGUGUACUCGUUGUGCAGGAAUUCACCGCAGUCUAGGAGCUCACAUUUCAAAAAUAAAACAUUUAAAACUUGAUAGGUGGGAAGACUGUCAAGUUGAAAGAAUGAAGUCAGUGGGAAAUAUCACUGCCAAGGCAAAGUACGAAGAAAAUGUACCUCCUUGUUAUCGACGUCCAGUUGAAGGUGAUCCACAAGUUCUUGUUGAACAAUGGAUACGUGCAAAAUAUGAGCGAGAGGAGUUCUGUCAUCCUGGCCAACAAAAAUAUGUAUCAGGUUAUAUGGAAGGAUAUUUGAUGAAACGAGGGAAAGAUGACAACCGUUAUCAUCCUAGAAAAUUUAUUCUUUCAGAAGCUGAGGAUACACUCAGAUAUCAUGUAAAAGAGAAGAAGGACCCAAAAGCAGUAAUAAGACUGUCAGAACUAAAUGUAGCAUUCUCACCAGAAAAAAUAGAACAUGCCAAUUCUCUUCAGUUAACCUAUCUUAAAGAAGGAACUACUAGACAUAUUUAUGUGUACCAUGACAGCUCACAAGUAAUAGUUGAUUGGUACAUGGCAAUACGAUGUGCCAAACUGCACAGGCUGCAAGUUGCGUACCCUGCAGCUAGUGAAUCAGAGCUGGUAGAUCAUCUAACCAAGGACUUUGCAAGAGAAGGUUGGCUGUGGAAAACUGGCCCAAAAAGUUCAGAUUCAUACAAAAAACGUUGGUUUACUUUGGACAACAGAAAACUUAUGUAUCAUGAAGACCCUAUGGAUGCACAUCCAAAAGGUGAGAUAUUCCUUGGGCAUAUGUUAGAUGGCUAUAGUGUGAGGGUAGGUGUUCCACCAGGUGCGAAGGACCUGAAAUUUUCGUUCACCUUACGGACACCAGAACGAGCAUAUCAUCUGUCCGCAGAAACUGAGGAUGACAGAGAUGAAUGGAUACAAGUUAUAACAAAGGUCUUGGAAAGGCACAUGACUCCUCAAGAUAGCUCAGUGGCAUCACGUCUCAUCCGUAAACGGGCAUCUGGAGCUGGAGUACACAUUUUUUCAAGCAGAUCAAGGCCAGAAUCACACAAUUCACCAAAGUCAACACCAGGACGAGACACUCAUCUGAGCCAUCACAGUACAUCAGCUGAUGGACAGUGAGGCCUGUCACGACAAUAGUAUAACAAAAACCACCAUCUCAUAAAUUAUACAGUGUUUUUAAUUACAUAAUUUUAAUUGAAUGUACUGCUGCAAUAUGAUGUCACUCUUAGGCAAUAAGUAUUCUGUUCCAUUCUUUAACAGAGAAAAUUGUGAUAUAAUUGCAGUAUAAGGAUUUUACCUGAUGAGUGAUGGUAUUCAGAAUAUAUAGUAUUAAUAAGCAGUGGUCACACUUUUAGGUGCCUUGAAAUGUUUUUGCUUGAAAUAAUUUUUAAAAGAUCAUUUGGCACAGUCACAGUUGCACUUCUUAUUAGAUUUAUGUUUUAUGCCAGUUUCACUGCCACUUUGUAGAAAUAAAUGAAGAUUUUUUUAGGAAGUCAAACUUUAGUACCUAUGCAAAAGGUUGUUGAAACAGUUUAUAUUCAUGUAGGAAACAAAAUACUGUUGUUUUAAAGUAACACAUCUCUCGAGUCUUGGAGAUGAAAAUUUGGUCAGUUUUAGUUGCAAACUGUACCUUUUUUUUUUUUUUUAAUACCUUAAACAACUGACAAUUUUAUAUUUAUUGUAGGGAGGAUUUCUCUCUCUCUCUCUCUCUCUCUCUGUGUGUGUGUGUGUGGUGUGUGUGUGUGUGUGUGUGUGUGUGUGUGUGUGUGAGAGAGAGAGAGAGAGAGGGGGGGGGGGGGGGGGGGAGUGUCCCCCCUCAAGCUGGGUUUGCUUAUCUGUCCAACCAUUACUCAAGACAUGAUGCGGCUGCAUACAUAUUUCAGAUGAUGAUAACUAAGUAUGACUCAUUAACUGUGCUACAAUAGUAUUUGGGCAUUUCUCAUUUUCCAAUUCCUGUUUUAGAUGCCAAUUUUCCGCAAUAGAAGUACUUAUGUACUUCAGUCAACAUUGCUCUCUAUUUGCCUUAUUUGAAAGUAAAAAUCAUCCAUGAUUCUACUCUUCAAACAAUGUUGUAGUUCAUUUUCACAUUAUAUUUGUAACUAAAUAACAAUAAAAUAUUGUUAUAUCUUCAGUGAAACUUAUGUCUUGGAUUUAUACCUCCAAAUUUUCUUUUGUUGCAUUUUCAGUCUGCAUUUUUCCAUUAUAUCAAAAGUCAUGUGUGCAACAUUCAUAAUAACAGAAACCGAUAUCAUAAAUGUGUUACUGUUAACAGAAUAUUCAAUUCAUAAAAUAUUUAGCAAACAUUCAUUUUCAAAACUUACGAAUAAAUUUGAUACAUUGCUGUGAAUCCCACAAUAUUGUGCUGUUUUGAAUUCAAGUAAAUGCACCGAGAGCAACUUUCUACUUUAUUACUGUUGAUGCCUUUAUUGGAUUUGACAUGGUUAACAACAUAUGUUGAAGUCUGUGGGUUUAUGCGUGUGAACCUGAAACAUCAGAUCAUAAAAGGUACCAGUUGUCCAGAGCUGCAAAGCUUCACAGAUUCACAUUUUUGGAUGAAGUGCUGGGCUCUGAGUGGUUAUGUAUCUGUUAUGCAGGGCGAACCUAAAUUGCAAACUUAGAUGCCACACUGUAUUUCCUUGCAGUCCAACACUACAAAAAUGUCUCAAGCAGGAUUUUGUCCUGUACAUCUUUUCAGAAAGAAAAAAAGGUGUCAAUGAAAGACAGGUUGGCAUGAAUGAUAAGUAUCUUCAUUCAAUACGGCAAAGCUGUAUCUCCCAGUUAAUACAGUGGGCAGAGUUUAGCAUUAGAAUAUUCCAGUCUGAGAGGUCAAUUCUGGAACUAAGUUCUUUUUCUUAUUUUCUAAUUUUGAUCUGCCCAAUAAUGCUGUGGAAUACUAUGUUUAUUAAAUGGUAUAUAUCCUACAACUAGUUUUUUAAUGUUCAACAUAAUACUAUUGGUCAAACAUUUGAGAAAUAUUCAUACUCAAUUAAAGAAAUUACUUAUUAUAGGACAGAAAUUCUAUUUCAGUAUUAAAUAAUUGCACUUGUUUUGUAUAAGGCUUGCUGUAAUUGCUGCAUGAUAAUUAAGAAGCCAAGUAUCACAUCAUGCUGUCUAAAAUUAGAACAUAAAAAGAUUUACACCUAAACCCAGAAUUGAAAUCUUGAACUUGGGUAUUCUAAUGUAGUAACUGGGCAGUGUAGUUACAUAGUACUGAAUGAAUAUACUUUUCAAAGCUGUGAUUGCAGUGUUGCCAAAUUUCCAUUCUUUGACAUCCAUUUUCUACUGAAAAUAUGGGUGGGAUGAAAUUUUGUUAGAUACCUUUUUGUACUGUUAGAAUGCAAGGAAUUGUCCUGUAGUAUCCAAUUACGCAAAUUUUGGUUCACCUUGUAUAUUGUACAUCGAUAGUGAGUGUAAUGUAUCAGAAGCCGAAGACUGUAGUUUAAUUUGUUUCUAAUUUCUUGUUAAGUAGGGUUACCGAUGAAAGCAUAUAUUGCUUCUACUACUGCUAAUAAUAAUAAUAAUAAUAAUAAUAAUAAUAAUAAUAAUAAUAAUUGUUGUCAUCAUCAUCACAAUGAAAAUAAUUUGAGAUUGCACUAUGGUAAACUAGUGAACUGCUAGACUUACUUUUAUUCCAGUUUCGCAUGAAUAGUUUUACAAUGUCGAAUGUUUUCUGCUACUAUUACACUAUGGUAAUGAUUUUUUUAUCACCACUUCAUUGAUGUCUCCUUUCCUUUGAGAUGUGUCAAUUUUUUCCCAUUUCUUUGUUUUCAUUUCUUCAUUGGUGUGAUUGUAUAAUACGAAGUGCACCAGAGUUUUAGAGGUGUGUUUUCUGUAUCCUUGCUCUGAAUUGUGUGUGUUAUUUAAACAGAAAGAGGCGGAAAAAAAACAACAGUGUGAACAUACAAGUUCUUCAUUUUCCAUUGGCUUUUCCUUCCAUAAACUUGAAUCAUUCUCAUUGUGGAGAAGAAUACAUCAUCUCUUAAGAAUCCUUUAACCUUGGGCUUAAGUUUGUUGUAUAAAUACAUGUAUACCAGCUACAUAUGUAAAAUUUAUUACAGACACUUGAAUUAUAAAGUAGAUGCUUACUAUCUAUUCAAUAAUGCAACAUAUGAGUUAAAUUCAUUGACUUCUUGAGAGAUGGUUGGACACUAAAACCAAGUACACAAGUACCAUGUUUCAAAUUUAGUGUGCAGUUCAUUACAUUAUUUUUUAUUUUUUGCUGUUAUUAAUUAUAUUUGCUUUUUAUGUACUGUUGUAGAACUAAGUAUCAUUGUACCUGUGGAAUAUUGACAUUAGUGACACUUCUACCAAUGAAGAUUCUUGCUGUAAUGUUCAGUGCCUAUAAAAAUCACACCAUUUUAAUUUGUUAUGUGUCAGUGUCAAUUACUUAUGAGUAAAAAAGUUAGUGGAUCAGGAGUCUUUGUUCCUCUCCAUACAUUUCCAAGAACAACUAUUAUUUCAUUUUUUGCUGUUGUAAUGAAUAGCCCUAGACAAAGAAUAGUUACCCCAGUUCUUGCCAGUGUAUUAUAAAUAGAGAUUUUUGACAUCAAAAGAAUAUCUUGGUGCAAUAUAAUACUAUUUUGUAGGUCUAAAUAUCAGAUACUGUACAAUUAAUUAAUUUUAAUGUGGCUGUUGAGUUUAAGGUGUUAAUUAAGAAUAUAUAUGUGUGUGUGUGUGUG